AGCUUCAUUGUCGUACAUGGCUUCUCCCGUGGACCGGCUGCCCAAGUCAACUUUCUUGAUCAUACUUCUCCUUUCAGUUUUAUCCCUCCAAUGCUUCAGGAUUGGUGCUCAUGGCGGCGAUGAUCAAGAAAGCAGUAGUGAUGGUGACAACACAGAUCUGCACUCAAAAGGGCUAAUUCUCGUCAAAAUCUGGUGUUUGAUCAUUUUCUUUGCUAGCACAUUUGCUGGUGGAGUCUCCCCUUAUUUUUUCCGAUGGAACGAAAGCUUCCUACUUAUGGGAACUCAAUUUGCUGGAGGGGUGUUUCUGGGAACUUCUCUUAUGCACUUCCUGAGCGACUCAACCUCGACUUUUGCUGAUCUAACAACAAAAUCUUAUCCAUUUUCUUUCAUGUUGGCAUCCGCGGGCUAUCUUCUGACCAUGUUUGGUGAUUGCAUAGUGAUCUUGGUCACAAAGGGUGCUGAGAAAGAUAAUAGAGUCGAAGUUGAAGAAGGCAGGGCAGCAUCUGGGGGAUACGGUGAAGAAGAGGGAAUGCAUCACAACCCAGUUUCUGUGAAAACGUCGUCCGUUGGGGAUACCAUACUUCUCAUCCUAGCUCUGUGUUUCCACUCAGUUUUCGAGGGGAUUGCUGUUGGAGUAGCGGCUACCAAGUCAGAUGCAUGGAAGAACCUGUGGACAAUUUCACUGCACAAGAUAUUUGCAGCAAUUGCAAUGGGGAUUGCCCUUCUAAGGAUGAUACCAAAGAGGCCAUUUUUGACGACAGUUGCUUAUUCAUUUGCCUUUGCUGUGUCGAGCCCAAUUGGGGUGGGCAUAGGCAUUGCCAUCGACGCCACUACCCAAGGGCGCACGGCAGAUUGGAUUUUUGCCAUCUCCAUGGGAAUCGCCUCUGGCGUUUUCAUCUAUGUUGCCAUCAAUCAUCUCGUCACCAAAGGCUUCAAGCCACAUGCUAAACUCUACUUUGACACUCCAUUUUUCAAGCUUCUUGCCGUGCUUUUAGGUGUGGGAGUCAUAGCUGUUGUUAUGAUAUGGGAUUAGUUAGUUACUGUUCCAUUACCGAGAAAAAUAAUCAGCACGGAAAAAUUACCUUGUAAAUCAACAUUGUAUUGCUUUCAAAGAUGUAUUUUCCUUGUAAAUUUGGGAGUGUAAUUUCAUCAGUUGCUAAAUGUAAAUAUAGCAGAUGCAGCUACUUAACUGUUCACGAACAAUUGGACAUGCAUUAACUGCAAUGGUUCUUUGCCUGGACGUUAA